AUGUCUACUGAGAGUUUUUUACUAGCCCUUAGAAGAUUUAUAUCCCGCAGAGGAAGAAGUAAAAUAAUUUACUGUGACAACGGAACUAACUUUGUAGGAGCUUCAAAUGCGCUACGAGAUCUAAACUGGAAGCAGAUUAUUGAUGAUACAUCUAUAUCACCAAUUCAAUGGAAGUUUAAUCCACCAACUGCCUCAUGGUGGGGAGGUUGGUGGGAGAGAUUAAUAGGUAUUCUCAAGAGUUUACUGAGGCGAGUACUAGGAAGAGCUUCUUUAACUUCUGAAGAAAUGAUCACCAUUCUCUGCGACUGUGAAGCAGUGAUCAACUCCCGUCCAUUGACCUAUGUUACUGAAAAUAAUGUUACUUUGAUGCCUUUAAGUCCAUCUCUAUUUCUUCAAGACAUUGAAACAAGUGGUGUUCCUGAUCUUGAUGAUAUUGGACACAGAAGUGUGAAUAAACGAGUCAAAUACAGAGAAAACUUACAAAAGUAUCUGCGAAAAAGAUUUAGAUCCGAAUAUCUAGGAGCACUUAUUCAAAAAUCGGAUAAGACAAGAUCAGUGAAAGUGAAUAUCGGUGAUGUUGUAUUAAUAGGAAGUGACAACACCAAGCGACUGAAUUGGCCACUGGGAAAAAUAAUAGAGAUUAUUCCAGGUCAAGAUGGAGUAACAAGACUUGUGAGACUUAAAACGGCAAAUGGAGAAUUACUAAGACCAACUCAGAGACUGUAUCCACUAGAAGUCUCUAAUGAUGAUCUUAUUGUUGAGAACUUUUCAACUAAGAUAUUGGAAACUUGUAAAGAGUCUGGCUCUAACAAUGUGUGUGAUGUAAGCUUUGAGCCACAGUUUCAAAAGACUAGAACCAGGCGUACGGUCAAAAUACCUAAAAGACUGGACUUGUGA